AUGAGUGCUGGCCUGGAAGGCCUGAGGGAGCUCGGCGAGAGGGUGUUGGUGAAUGCGGGCAUCAGUCCCCCUGAAGAGGAGAAUGACCAUGGAGAGGAAGGGAGCGAGGGAGAAGGCUUGGUAGACCCUGUUACUCGAGGGCCAGAAGGGGCGGAAAGUCUGGAGGAGGUGCCGCCAGGCGAGGACGAGUUUGCUGCUACUGUCUCCGGGGAAGAGCUCCAGCUCGAUCUCGGGGCAGACGAAGAGACAAUCAGAGCUGCUGGGCCCGAUCCCAACUUUACUUUUCGUCUCCGCUCUGCCCCUCAGAGGAACAACGAGGAUGGUGUCAGCAGCGGACGAUCCACGCCCAGCCGCAAGCCUAUUCCCUUUCAACGUCCGCCCUCUCCGACGUCCAUCCUGGAGAACCCCAUCUCACCUUCGCCCGUUUCCCAGCUUCGCAUUACACCACCAGGACCUGAUGAGAAGCCUUUGCAACCUGCGCCACGCAAGGCAUCAGGCGGUAAGCUACUCGCAAACCCCAUCUCUACAUCCCUCCUCGACCCUUCCGUGCCCGCCCCGGCCUCCAACGCCGAGUCGACUCUGUUCCGCAAACCAUCUCCAAGGCUGCCCAAAGCCAUCCCAACAACGCCUUUCCAUCUUCAGAAAACCCUGAUACUGGAUUUGGACGAGACGCUCAUUCACUCGACGUCUCGGCCGUUGAAUUAUCCAGGAGGAUCGUCAGGUGGCGGAAGGAUCCUGGGGUUGAGUCUUGGCGGAGUGCUUGGGAUCGGGGCGAAAGGCAGGGGGCGAGAAGGGCAUACCGUCGAAGUGGUGGUGAAUGGCAGGAGUACAAUAUACCACGUCUACAAACGUCCUUACGUUGACCAUUUCCUUCGAAAGGUUGCGGCAUGGUACACUCUUGUCAUCUACACCGCAUCUAUGCCAGAGUAUGCCGAUCCCGUCAUAGACUGGCUCGACGGCGGUCGAAACCUCUUUGCCAAAAAGCUCUACCGAGAAAGCUGUUUCCAACAGCCCAACGGGAGCUAUGUGAAGGAUCUGGCGCUGGUGGAGAAGGAUCUGUCAAGAGUUUGUUUCAUGGACAACUCGCCGAUUAGUUAUACCAACGCUCUACCAAUCGAAGGUUGGACGUCAGACCCCAACGACGAGGCCCUGCUUCAUUCUAUUCCGGUGCUGGACAGUUUGAGGUUUGUGAAUGAUGUUCGGAGGGUUCUGGGUAUCAGAGGAUUUACAUGA